UCACCUCUUGCAACGGCCGACACCCACCACACGCAUCCUCCCAGGUCCUCCUCAAUCCCAGCCCAUUUGCCUCGAUAGAUUUCGAUUGCUUCCGGCUCCGGCCUUCCAAUCGCUCGCACGCUUCCGUUUGCCUCGCAUUCCGCGUUUAACCUAUUAGAUUUGAUUUCGCCGCUUGGUCCGGCUGCGAGGAGGUGGGGGGAGCGGUGGCAUGGCGGCCUCGUCUCCGGCGGCGGCGCCGUCGCUAGACGGCGUCCCGGACUGGUGGCACGACGUGAACGACUCGCCUCUGUGGCAAGACCGCACCUUCCACGCCCUCGCCGCGCUAUACGGCGUCGUUGCCCUCGUAGCCCUAGUCCAACUGAUCAGAAUCGAAUGUAGGGUACCUGAGUAUGGGUGGACAACGCAGAAGGUGUUCCAUUUCCUAAACUUCAUUGUUAAUGGCGUGAGGUCAACCAUGUUUGUGCUGCGGCGAAAUGUGCAACUUCUACACCCCGAGAUAUUUCAACAUGUGCUUAUUGAUUUGCCUGGCCUCGCAUUCUUCACCACCUAUGCUCUGUUGGUGCUCUUCUGGGCUGAGAUUUACUAUCAGGCACGUGCAAUGUCAACCGAUGGGCUCCGACCAACUUUCUAUACGGUCAAUGGAGUGGCCUACACCAUUCAGAUAGUACUGUGGCUGUUCAUGUGGUGGAAACCAGUUCGAGCUGUUGUCAUUUUGUCAAAGAUGUUCUUUGCAGCUACAUCCUUAUUCGCUGCUUUUGGUUUUCUUCUCUAUGGAGGGAGGCUAUUUCUGAUGUUGCAGCGUUUCCCUGUUGAGUCAAAAGGGCGGCGGAAAAAGUUGAAUGAGGUUGGCUAUGUGACUACCAUAUGCUUUGCUUGCUUCUUGAUCAGAUGUGUAAUGAUGUGCUUUAGUGCAUUAGAUAAAGAAGCUGAUCUCGAUGUUCUGAACCAUCCAAUCCUGAACUUCUUUUACUACUUGCUAGUUGAGAUUGUACCAUCAGCUUUGGUGCUGUUCAUCUUAAGGAAGCUACCGCCAAAGCGUGAUAUCACACAGUACCAUCCUAUCCAUUAGAUCAGGGAUCUCCAUGGUCAACUGCUAACAGUUCCUUCAAGAUGAUUACAAAAAGGCAAAUGUGAUACCACGUACCAUUUUUAGAUUGCGUAGUUUUCUUGUGAAGAAAUCUGUACGUAAGUCUGGCAAAUAUAGUUUGUAAAAAAAAAUAACCCCCCGCUGUUACAAUCCCAAAUGUUAGUAAUGCAGCCUGUUCCACAAAUACAGGUUUGCCUCUGUAAACUUCAGAACAAAAAAGGACAGUGUGACAAUUGUUUGUGAUAUAGAAAAGUUGCGAUAAGAUUGGCUAUUUCAGAAGAA